AUGAAACUUUUUUCUCUUUUUGCAUUUUCCGCCGCCGCCGUCGCCCAAGACGUAGUCGUCGCUGAUGACGGAAUCGCCGCUGACGACGUCUGCUAUUCCAACGGCGAAGAAGUCGCCUGCUCUGGUCUGGCCAGAGGUGGAAGAAACAACGCCGAUGAUUCGGAAGAACGAGGAAUCGACCAAGUUCGAAGAUAUGCCGAUUUGAAGGCGAUCACCGCAAAGCUGUGGAAACUCAACGGCCACACUGGAAAGAACCGAUUCGACGAGCGAAAAUACUGGGCUUACGGGUGCCACUGCUAUUUGCUCGGGGAUCGACCUCUCUCUGAAAUGGGAACUGGAGCGCCAAAGGACGGUCUCGACAACAAAUGCAAAGCCUACAAAGACUGCCAAAAGUGCGUCCGGGAAAAGCACGGCGACACCUGCAUCGGCGAGUUCGUCAAGUACGUCUGGAAAUACGCCGGGAAACGAGGCCGCUUCGAGUCCACCAACGCCGAGGGCUCCUGCGAACGAGAACUUUUCCAGUGUGAUCUUCAGUUUGCCAAGGAUACGCUCGCCGUCAAGGACGUCUUCGACGAGUCUUACCACGCUUUCUGGGGCGGAUUCGACAACCGGGACCCAGACAACUGCCCUUCCAACGGAGGAGUUCCAGUUGAGCACGAGUGCUGUGGCGGAUAUGAUCGCGAAUACCACUGGAUCGGUCUCAACAAAAAGCAGUGCUGCCCGACCUCCGAUGGCUACAGUGGCGUCCCCAAAAGCAUCAACGAGUCCUGCUAA